CUCACUCAUUGCUUCACUCCGUUUUCUUCACAAUCCCAAAGCAAAGAUGGCUCUCGAAGCGAUGAACUCUCCGACCGCAACCGCCGCGCCCUCGCGGUGGUUCGACGACAGCGCCGCCGACACCCACAGCCUGGAGCCGUGGACCAAGCGGAAGCGUUCCAAGCGCCCUCGCAGUGAAACCCCACCAACCGAGGAGGAGUACUUGGCUCUCUGCCUCAUCAUGCUAGCUCGCGGCGGCGUCGCCGCCUCCAGCGCCACCGCCAACACAACUGACCGGCGUACUGAUCAGUCUCCUCCUCCAGCUGCGAACCAGUACAAGUGCAGUGUCUGCGACAAAGCUUUCCCCUCCCACCAGGCGCUCGGCGGCCACAAAGCCAGCCACCGGAAACACGGCGGCGCCGAAGAACAGGCUUCCAGCUCCACCGGCCCCUUCGUCAGCGCGCUGAACCCCAGUGGCAGGACCCACGAGUGCUCCAUCUGCCACAUGAGCUUCCCCACCGGCCAGGCCCUCGGUGGCCACAAGCGCCGCCACUACGAAGGCGGCAACCACCACCACCACAGCAGCGCCGCCACUAUCUCGUCAGAAGCCGCCGGCUCGAGCCACAGCCACAGCCACCGCGAAUUCGACCUGAACCUGCCGGCCAGCCCCGAAUUAUGCUUGGAGCUGAGCGUCGGCUGUGACGGAAAAAGUCAGCUUUCCCGCGACCAAGAAGCCCAGAGUCCUCGACCCACGAAGAGAUCUCGUUUAUCCUCUGAUUCUUCACAAGAUUGAUUGAUUGAUUAGUUUCAGAUUAGGAAUUCAAUUUCUAGUAACUUUUCCCUUCUUUUUUUUUUAAUUUCAUGUAGUUAUUUAAAUUUAGUCAUCAGUCAUUAGGGCAUUCAUUCAUUUAUUGGUUCCUUGGUCGAAUUAUUAUGAUAAAUUCUCAUUUUAAUGAA